AUGCGAAUCGGAGAACAAAUUUGGCGCGAAGAAAUGGGAUCACACGCCGCCGCCAUGGAUACCCUGAGCGAGCGCGCGGCCUUGUUGAGGGAAUCGAUGCAGAAAACUCAGGCCAUUUCCGACAGCAUGGUGUCCAUCCUCGGCUCCUUCGACCACCGCCUCUCCGCCCUCGAGACCGCCAUGCGGCCCACGCAGCUGAAAACGCAUUCGAUAAGGAGGGCGCACGAGAAUAUCGAUAAGACGCUAAAGGCUGCCGAGCUCAUUCUUGAGCAAUUUGAUCGCUCGCGCAAGGCUGAGGCCAAGAUAUUGAGGGGACCUCAUGAGGAUUUGGAGAGCUAUUUAGAAGCUGUAGAUCAACUUAGAAGCAUUGUUCGUUUUUUUACCGGAAACAAAGGCUUCCAGGGUAGUGUUGCGGUGGUUAACCAAGCCAAUAAUUUACUAACAAAAGCGAUUGCCAAGUUAGAGGAAGAGUUUAGACAGCUUCUCACCUCAUACAGCAAACCUGUAGAACCUGAUCGUCUUUUCGACUGCCUGCCAAACUCCAUGAGACCAUCAACAGGGUCACCACGUGAUAGUGAAUCAAGUGGAAAGAAAUCUUCUGACCAAGACAAAAAUGCAGAAAAUAUCGUAUAUCAACUUCCAACUCUAAUUCCACCUCGCCUUUUGCCUUUGCUGCACUCUAUGAUCCAGCAGAUGAUCCCAGCUGGCCACCAACAGCAGGUCAUUAUUAUAUACAGGGAAGCUCGAUCUUUAGCCCUUGAACAAACAUUAAAGAAACUUGGUGUUGAAAGACUUAGUAAAGAGGACGUACAAAGGAUGCAAUGGGAAGUCCUAGAAGCAAAGAUAGGGAACUGGAUUCAUUUCGUGCGGAUUGCUGUCAAGCUUUUGUUUGCCGGUGAGAAAAAAUUGUGUGACGAGAUUUUCGCGGGUCACGAUAAUCUCAGGGACCAGUGUUUUGCUGAGGUCACGACAAACAGUGUGGCGAUGCUCCUCAGUUUUGGAGAAGCUAUUGCUAAGAGCAAAAGAUCACCAGAGAAGCUGUUUGUCCUCCUGGACAUGUAUGAGAUUAUGCGAGAACUCCAACCGGAGAUGGAUGGCAUAUUCGGAAGUAAAUUCUGUGGUGAAAUGCGGGAAGCUUUCGUGGUUCUCACAAAACGCCUGGCCCAGACUGCACAAGAAACAUUUGGUGAUUUCGAAGAAGCAGUUGAAAAGGACGCCACAAAAACUACCGUUCUUGAUGGAACAGUCCAUCCUCUUACCAGCUACGUGAUUAACUACGUGAAAUUUCUAUUUGACUAUCACUCAACUCUGUUGCAACUCUUUAGAGAGUUUCAUGACAUUAAUGCAGAGGAGCAGUUGGCGAAAAUAACCACGCGAAUAAUGCAGGCUCUUCAGACGAACCUCGAUGGGAAAUCCAAGCAAUAUAAAGAUCCCGCCUUGACCCAGCUGUUUCUGAUGAACAACAUGCACUACAUUGUGAGAUCCGUGCGCAGGUCCGAGGCGAAAGACCUGUUGGGCGAUGAUUGGGUGCAGAUACAUAGACGAGUAGUACAACAACAUGCUAAUCAAUACAAAAGGAUUGCUUGGUCAAAGAUUCUGCAGUGCCUCACGAUUCAAGGGGCACAGCCAGGUGAUGGGGGCAGCUCGGCUGGUGUCUCACGAGCUAUGGUUAAGGACAGAUUCAAAAACUUCAACAUGCUUUUUGAGGAGAUUCAUCAAAGGCAGUCCCAAUGGACGGUACCCGACAGUGAACUACGAGAGUCCCUGAGGCUUGCAGUUGCCGAGGUUCUUCUGCCCGCGUAUAGGUCUUUCGUUAGACGAUUCGGGCCUAUGAUUGAGGGUGGGAAAAAUCCACAGAAGUACAUCAGGUACAGCCCAGAAGAUCUGGAAAGAAUGCUGGCAGAGUUUUUUGAAGGGAAGACCUGGAAUGAACCAAGGCGUUAA